CCUAAGACAAGAUGCCGUCGGGCUUCCAACAGAUCGGCUCCGAAGAUGGGGAGCCCCCUCAGCAGCGAGUCACUGGGACCCUUGUCCUCGCCGUCUUCUCCGCUGUGCUCGGCUCCCUGCAGUUUGGCUACAACAUUGGGGUCAUCAAUGCCCCCCAGAAGGUGAUUGAACAGAGCUACAAUGAGACGUGGCUGGGCAGGCAAGGGCCCAAUGGACCCGGCUCCAUCCCACCAGGCACCCUCACCACCCUCUGGGCUCUCUCCGUGGCCAUCUUCUCUGUGGGUGGCAUGUUCUCUUCCUUCCUGCUUGGCAUCAUCUCUCAGUGGCUGGGAAGGAAGAAGGCAAUGCUGUUCAAUAACACCCUGGCAGUGCUGGCGGGUGCCCUCAUGGGGCUGGCCAAGGCGGCUGCCUCCUACGAGAUGCUCAUUCUUGGACGGUUCCUCAUUGGCGCCUACUCAGGGCUGGCAUCUGGGCUGGUGCCCAUGUACGUGGGGGAGAUCGCCCCCACUCACCUGCGGGGUGCCUUGGGGACACUCAACCAGCUGGCCAUCGUCAUUGGCAUUCUGAUCGCUCAGGUGCUGGGCUUGGAGUCCAUGCUGGGCACUGCCACCCUAUGGCCACUACUCCUGGGCAUCACAGUGCUGCCUGCACUCCUGCAGCUGGUCCUGCUGCCCUUCUGCCCAGAAAGCCCCCGCUACCUCUAUAUCAUCCGGAACCUAGAAGGGCCCGCGAGAAAGAGUCUGAAGCGCCUGACAGGCUGGGCCGACGUGUCUGGAGCGCUGGCUGAGCUGAAGGAGGAGAAGCGGCAGCUGGAGCAUGAGCGGCCACUGUCCCUGCUCCAGCUCCUGGGCAGCCACACCCACCGGCAGCCCCUCAUCAUUGCAAUUGUGCUGCAGCUGAGCCAGCAGCUGUCGGGCAUCAACGCGGUUUUCUACUAUUCAACCAGCAUCUUCGAGACGGCGGGGGUGGGGCAACCAGCCUAUGCUACCAUCGGAGCCGGUGUGGUCAACACAGUCUUCACCUUGGUCUCGGUGUUGCUGGUGGAACGGGCUGGGCGCCGGACACUCCAUCUCCUGGGCCUGGCAGGAAUGUGUGGCUGUGCCAUCCUGAUGACUGUGGCUCUGCUUCUGCUGGAGCGGGUUCCAGCCAUGAGCUAUGUCUCCAUCGUGGCCAUCUUUGGCUUUGUGGCCUUCUUUGAGAUUGGCCCAGGCCCCAUCCCCUGGUUCAUCGUGGCUGAGCUCUUCAGCCAGGGACCCCGCCCAGCAGCCAUGGCUGUGGCAGGUUUCUCCAACUGGACGUCCAACUUCAUCAUCGGCAUGGGUUUCCAGUAUGUUGCGGAUGCUAUGGGGCCCUACGUCUUCCUUCUCUUCGCGGUCCUCCUGCUUGGCUUCUUCAUCUUCACCUUCCUAAAAGUGCCUGAAACCCGAGGCCGGACCUUUGACCAGAUCUCAGCCACCUUCCGCCGGACACCCUCUCUUUUAGAGCAGGAGGUGAAACCCAGCACAGAACUCGAGUACUUAGGGCCAGAUGAGAAUGACUGAGGGGCUGGGCAGGGGUCGGAGAGCCAGUUCUCUCCACCUGCCGAGACCCCCCUCCUUUCCUCUGCAGCACUUUAACCCUCUCUUCCCCGUUACUUCCAGGGUGGAGAAAACCCCUGCAGCCUGGCGGGAUGGGGAGCUAGAGGGAAGGGUGGUCUGAGCACCCCCUCAUUCCCCUGUGUGACUCUUGGAUUAUUUAUGUGUUGUGGUUAGGCUCGGGUCGUGGGUGGGCCAUUCUCCUCUUGUCCCCUCCUUCCUCUGGAGCCCACCCCUACCCCAUCUCGGCUUGGAAGACUUCCAGCCCCUGCAGCCAGGGAACGGGGAGGCGGGGAGGGGAGGUUCUAGGACUGACUUUUCGGGGAGGUUGACGGAAGCGGAGAGCAGGACUGGAGAGGAGAAAUCCAGUUCCUGCCACUGGGGACUCCUCCCUCUCUGGCACUUCCUCUGAAUCCUGGCCGCACAGACUCUGGGUGAAAGGGGGUCUGUCUUGACCCUCCAGGGCAGAGGAGGCAGCCCCGGGUCUAACCUCACGUCUCUCGCUGCAGGCUCAGUCCUCUCACUCAGCCUUCCCAGGCAAGAGGGGACAGCGGGCUCCCCUCUAGACUCAGGGCUCCUGGCCCCACUCCGGCUGCUCCCCAAGGCUGCCAGGGCGACCGGGGCGGGGGGGGGAAGAGGGACGACAGACUCUUUCGUCCUCGCCCAUCCUGGGAGGGUGUUGUCCCCACAGGCUUUGACCAACUAAGGGAAAGAGGGAUUUGAAAGGCUGCCUGUGAACACUGGGCUGGGAGGAGCCUUCAGAUAUUUUUGUAUAUGUUUGAAAAAGAAGGGGCGGGAAGAAGAAACCGAAGGUCUGCUGUACUAAAUGUAUAGAGAGAGCUCCGUAUAUAAAGUCACUGUAAGAGA